AUGGAUGAAAGCAAUUUAGCGUCGAUCGUCUUAGGUGUUAUAGCCGGUUUUUAUAGUACCAUUUUUUUACUUUGUUUAUCCGAUGUUGUUCAUUUAAAUAAAGAAAUGGUUAAAAUGAAACAUGAAUUAGCCGAUUUGAAAGCCCAAAGUAUUAUAUUUAAUCGUACAUCUUUCAUUGACUCAUCAACUGAAGUAAUAAUACCACGAAAAAAUAUUUCUGGAAAAUUAUGUUUAUCAUAUAAUGAACAACGUCAAAUACUUGAAUAUGUUAAUUUUCUAUGUAAUAUGGCAAUACUUGUAUUUGGAAGUUAUUCAAUAUAUGUUCACGGUUUUGGAACAUCUCAUGGUCUGGCAUAUCGUUUAGUUUUUUUUAUAUGUAAAUUAUGUACUAUUAUUGCAUCGAUUUGGCUCAACCUUCAUUUUAACAAAGGCUUACCAAGUGAUAUAUUUUUAUAUGUAUGGAUAGAUGUUAAUUGUGUUGUGUCAAUAUAUCGUAGUUUAAGUCAAAUAAUUUAA